AUCGGAGAGUGUGUUCACAGUAGAUUCAACUGAGCCAGAAGGGGGAUAUUAGUCGCAUUUGAUCCCGUCUCUAAAACAUUCUGUCGAAAAAUAAUUUUGUGUUAAAUUACGUUGAUACGGUACUGCUUAUUUAGAAUAUAUUUUAAUUGAUCCAUGCGUUUGCAUUUUUCGUGUGCAUUGCACGUUUAUUUGGUAGCAAAAACAUAAGACAACUGCCGAUUAUUUCGGUUGAAAUAAAUUAAUCCAGCUUGAUAUCUGAACGGAGCACACCGUUUCCUGGAUUUAUCGUGGUCGCUACAUGCUCAAUAUGGAUGAAGACAAUCACGUGCCGGAGGAUCUGUCUGUCGAGGAGAGAGACGAGCUGUCCAACAUCCGACGCAGGAAGAGGGAGCUGCUGGAUGACAUUGAGCGGUUGAAGUUCGAGAUUGCCGAGGUCAUGACGGAGAUUGAGCAACUGACAUGUGUAGGGGAGAGUAAAACAUCCCAGAGGAACAAGCAGAUUGCCAUGGGCAGGAAGAAAUUCAACAUGGACCCUAAAAAGGGGAUCCAGUUCCUCUUGGAGAAUGACCUCCUGCAACACACACCAGAAGAUAUCUCCCAGUUCCUCUACAAGGGAGAGGGUCUCAACAAGACAGCCAUAGGAGACUACCUUGGAGAGCGAGAUGACUUCAAUAUCAAGGUGCUCCAUGCUUUUGUGGAGCUGCAUGAGUUUGCCGACCUCAACUUGGUGCAAGCCCUCAGGCAGUUCCUGUGGAGUUUCCGUCUGCCUGGCGAGGCCCAGAAGAUCGACCGCAUGAUGGAGUCCUUUGCCUCGCGCUACUGCCAGUGUAACCCUGGGGUCUUCCAGUCCACAGACACCUGCUACGUGCUGUCCUUCGCCAUCAUCAUGCUGAACACCAGCCUGCACAACCCCAACGUGAGGGACAAGCCCCCUGUGGAGCGCUUCAUCUCCAUGAACAGAGGCAUCAACGAGGGAGGAGACCUGCCCGAGGAGCUGCUUAGGAAUCUGUUUGAAAGCAUCAAGAACGAACCCUUCAAGAUCCCAGAGGAUGAUGGGAAUGACCUGACACACACCUUCUUCAACCCAGACAGAGAGGGCUGGCUACUGAAACUGGGUGGACGAGUUAAAACGUGGAAGAGGAGGUGGUUCAUUCUGACAGACAACUGCCUCUACUACUUCGAAUACACAACGGACAAGGAACCCAGAGGGAUUAUUCCUCUGGAGAACCUCAGCAUCAGAGAGGUGGAUGAGCCCAGGAAACCUAACUGCUUUGAGCUCUACAACCCCAACCACAAAGGUCAGGUCAUCAAGGCGUGCAAGACGGAGGCUGACGGCCGGGUCGUCGAGGGCAACCACGUGGUGUACAGGAUAUCGGCGCCCACGCCCGAGGAGAAAGAAGAGUGGAUCAAAUCCAUCAAAGCCAGCAUUAGCAGGGACCCCUUCUAUGACAUGCUGGCCACCAGGAAACGGAGGAUAGCCAAUAAGAAGUGAUCUCCCCCUUGACCACUGCAAACCCCCCCCCCCCAACCCCACCCCCCCACCCCCCAGCAGCAGCGUUGACACCAGCAAAGGUCGCGUUCCUCCAGGAGGACCUUGGAAGGGACGAGGUCACUAGAUCACAGACUGGGGUGACCUGAGGUGCAGUCAUUGGGCAGCAUUACAGGAACAACAGCCAAUGUGACACCGAUCCAGGCUGGGCCCUCAUCAUCAUCAUCAUCAUCUGUGGCCCAGCGACAGAAGGAGUCUUCUCAGCUUUUAGGUCACAGUCCACCCACAGUCAAGGGAGAAAUCUGAGACUUGUUGAUGGCUGGCUGUUCCCUGAUCUUAGCACAGACACAUGGAGGCCGGGAUACACACCAUUGACAGCACUGCCCUCUAGUGGCCAAAUGCAACAGCAUCAUCCAGCUCAUCCAGAUAAGACUGGUCAAAUAAAUCAGGCACACGUCUCGGUGGCAGCAUGUGUGUAAUAUAGAGGAUCUGUCAAUCCUCCCUGACCUUUAACCCCUCCCACCCCCACCCCAUCAGUGUAUCUAAGGUCUCGUCAGACGUGAAGCAGUGGAGUCCUCUCUGAUGGGAUGAGAACAUGUGACCUUCUUUGCUGGCUGUAGCAAGCCAAUCACAGAAGAGCCUCAAAUAUACUAAUCAGCUGGUCUGAUUAUUAUCCCCUCAAAAUGACUGACGCAAAAACAAUGUUUAUUCUGAUAUUCUAGUACCCAGUUAUAUACAUUAUAUUGAUAUGUUCUUGUUGUACGUGUGUGUGUGUGUGUGUGUGUGUGUGUUGAGAACAGCCAUUGGGAUGCUAGUUCGUACUGAAGGUUCAACUCUA